GCGCCCAGGAAACGGAGAAUGCCGCUAGUUCCCGAGCCGUUCGAAAGUGUGGUCAUAUCGAGGCAGGCGGUUUCCUUGGGUAGUGACUCGACUAUGGCCAAGACAUGGGCCCGAUUUUGCCCGAAUCUCAACAUUCCACAAUAUAGGGAGACUUUGAGCGAAGAGAAGAAAACGGAGCUGGAUCAAAGGGCAACUAAGUUGUGGAGAAGAUCGAUUCGUAACCACUUUCAAAAGUCUUCCGAGUUCCGCUGGGAAGUGUGCGCCUGGCACGAUGCCUUCGGUUUGAUUAUGGAGGAUGAAGGCCUCAGGAUGUCACUGACGCUUGUUUCCUAUAGAGACAAGAGGCCAUAUGAGUAUGUGGAAAAGGAUGACAGCGGACAAAUCACCGUGAAAACGCGAAUUCCAGAUGGCACGCUAGGCCUGAGAGCAUAUGACGACUACGACCUCAAACGCGGUUAUCCCUGCACUGUUCCUGCCUGCAAAGAGGACCAUAGCACCAAAAAACCCGACCAGAGACUUUCAGAGGACCGGUUAAGAGCUAUGAUGCUCAAUCCCGAGUGCGCUCUAAUUGUUGAUGGCGUGUGGGGAAAGACCGAUUUGGUAUUCCCGUUUGCGGUUUACGAGGCAAAAAAAGGAGCCUCCAGCUAUGAAAUUGAAGCUGCCGAGAGUCAGAUCCAUCACGCUUGCCAGACUUACCUCGCCAUGUUGGACGACUUAGCCCGCAAUCCAGACAACGUGGCCGAAUAUCAGACCACAGAAAGCUCCAAGUAUCAACUCUUCGCAUUCACAUCUUGCGGUUCCUAUUGGGAGGUUUAUGUAGCUUGGAAGUUCCUAGACGACUGUUUUGUCGAGACGAUAUGGAAAGGGGAUGUCAAACAGUUCAGCCGCGCAUUCGAUCUGAUCUGUAUAAUCGACCAGAUACACGAAUACGCUGCCAAACAUCAUCGUGAAUUUGUCAUGAAGCAUUUAGAGGCAUGGCAUACUCGGCAUGAAAAGUCUCAGGACGCAAAAGAAUACCUUCCCGAUGCAUUCUUUACAGCAUGCGAGGCAAUCGAGAAUAUGGACCUAAGCGACUCCGACGAAGUAGACUCGGAAUUAGACUCAACCAGCGGGGAAUCUGACAGCUCCAGCAUUUCUUUCCACUAUGGGGACCUUGACUGGCAACAGGAACUCAAUUGGGAGCCUCCGAUGUGGUACCGCCUUAAAGCAGAGUCGAAGACAGCCAGACAGGACAAAGUGAGGCAGACACGAGAACGCAACAGAAAGCUUCGUGAAGAGCUCCCUCGCCGACAAAACCUUGAGGGCAUAUCAUUACGAGCCCAAGACCGCCCAUCGGAAUCACAAGCCGCGAAGAACGAAGCACCAAAACGUGGGCGCGGACGGCCAGCGAAGGCAAGCAGCAGGGCUACGAGAGUAACGAAAACUGCUCCCCCCGUCACCCGCAGGUCCACACGAACGCGAACAGUCACGCGGGGAAAGAAUUAA